AUCAAUCUUUCCGCCUCAUGAAGCGUUGUGGUUUUUUCUCUAAGAUUAUUGGUGAUUGUGAUGAAGGGAAAGACUUGGGUGAAAAUUGUGCGGUUCUACCUUGUAAAAAAAAUCUGUCAUGUAAAGUAGAUCAGACUGGAACUCCUACUUGUACAUUCCCCUCAUAA